AUGCCAGAACCACAUGCAGACAACGGGCCCUCUGAGUCCGACAUAAUUAUGAACCCGACUGUACCUCCUGCGAAUCCUAAGCAGGCUUAUGUCUCCACUAACAACUUCUCAUACGAGAGUGUCUCACAGACGGAGCAGGACGACCGACAAUCGCAGACUCUCACCGCGGAUGGCUCGAUACCUAAGACAAUGGAUCGCGAAGCUCGCACUUCUACCGAGCGUGCAAUGUUGAUUAGAAGGCCGUUUCACUGGUGGUUUUCAAUGCCCAUGGAUUUUCUCCUUGCCUUGACCCCGUUAUUGAUCCUGGGUAAGAUCAUCUUUUCAAACUUGGAAGGUCUACGCAUAUUGACCAGACCAGUCAUCGCAGGUCUUUGUCUCUCGCUUAACAAACAGGAAAUCUCGAAGUACGGGGAGGACAUCAAAGCGAUUACUCUACUAUCGCCAACAAUUUUCCCUAUCAUCUAUGCGGCUAUUCUAGGCAAGAUGCUCCGUCGUGUUGCACUUUUUAAAGCAGAGCGGACUGCAACUCUCGGGACUAUAGAGCGCUUGGUCGGCUGUCAAUCGCUAUUCUCCACGUUUGAACGCCAGUUCGCGUUUCGACGCGUUGACCUUCUCGGCUUUUCCCUGCUCGUAGCCUGGCUGCUAUCUCCCGUAGGUGGUCAGUCCUCACUGCGACUUUUGGCCACUGAGCCACUGCUUGUGCCGGUGAACAGCACUGUCAAGUACUUUCCAAUUGAGGGUUAUGCUAGGCAAACGCAUCUCUACAACAAGGACAUAGCUGAGACGGCAUGGCCAUUGUUUGCACCCCUGUACAUGACUGCCCUUCUCACAUCCCGACAGUAUCUCAACCUGCCAAUGGACCAGUUUGGAAACAUCAAAAUACCGGAUCUUUUCCAGCUUAAAUCGUAUUCAUCUUCUGCACCUACAGAUGCCUGGACCGAAAUUAAAGAAGGAUCGACGCCUGAGUACAUCUUCAUCAUUGGCAUCCCGAUUGCAGGACUGCCUGAGACUGGAAACACAUCCUUCACCAUGAGUUCUCAUUAUUGGUCGACUGAAUGCGGGCCUCUAGAACCGCUCACUGAAUAUGUCAAUUACACUAUGCAACACACACCCUCACUCAGUUUAGUCUCAAACAGCUCGAGCGAGAACGAUGCCAACAACAGCACUCAGUUCAAAUACCAGACGAGAUGGAUCACCUCCCAAGGCCACCAACGGCUCAAGAACGGAACACUGGGACGUUCAUGUGCAGUGAAGGCAAUGCGACGGCUCCCAAGCAACUCAGAAACCAUGUUCAACAGCUUUGAAUCCACAGCCAUUCUUUUCAUGACAAUCAGCGCCAACUUGCCUGGAGCCGAUCAAGGCCUCCAGCAGGAAGACAGCUCGUCAAGCGAGCUUGUAGAGCACUGGAUGAUGGACCCUGAGCUAAGCACGUUCCGAUGGGACAGAUCCACCGACCGAUCCGGGGUUGAACAGCGCUGGGUCAACGUCGCCGAGCUGCCCACCGAGAAAAUGAGCGCCCGUCUACAGGUUGCCAUCAACACCUACUGGCAAUCCGCGCUCGGCAGCACGAUCAUGAUGGGCAACCUCACAACGCAGCGAGUCGAGCAGCUCGAAGCCACCGGCUUCAAUUACACCUGGAACACGACCGAACUCCUGGGCAUCCGCCAGGACGGAGAGCAAUAUGCGUGCAACAUCUGGUUUGCAGUCAUCACGAUUGUCAUCUCGUUGCUGCUGUUCGCCGUUGCGUCACUAGUACUCGGUGUCUUUACUAGGGCGCCUGAUACGCUGGGUUUUGUGUCGACGUCUGCACGCGAUAACCCGUAUAUCACGACCCAGGUCCCGUCGCAUCUUGAUGGUCUGGAGGCUGCUAGAGCGCUACAGCACGUGCGUGUUAGGAUUGGGGAUGUGAAUCGUUCUGGAGACGUUGGGCAUGUGGCUUUUGCGUCUAUGGAUGCGGAGCCGGAAAGAGUGUCGAGGAAGAGACUAACAAUCAUAAUUGAGAACAGUGUGUAUUUUAACAGUCUCGAACGCUGCAACUGGUUGGAACAAAUAAGCGUGAAAACUGACCCAGAAGCUUCUAUGCGUGCCCCUCUAUCACUGAACCCGUUCAGUACCAAAUCGUCCAUCUUCGAAUUUGGCCUCUCAACUUUUCCAGACCACUCUUUCGCGAGGCGUUCUCGCAGUGAGACUAGUUUGGCAACCACGCCCCAGAUGGUCAUAGUACCCAUGCACAGCACAAAUGCUGUAGUUGCAAAGGCACAAAUCGAAUGA